UUCACACACAAAGCGGAACGAUUGUGUUUCAGGGUUUUAUGUUCCGGGGGGGACCACUCCACAGAGCCGAACAUGGCGACUCUCGGCGGCAGUCGUGGGGAUCGUCUCGGCAACACUAAUCAACAAAAGUCUUCUUUCGCUUCUCCGGAGAAAGUCCGUGAACUUCUGAACGCAGGAGUGUCUUCACCAGAUAACGGAGCCAACAGUGGACAAGGAAAUCUGAAAGAUUUGGAAUUAAAAAGCAACACUCAAGCACCUUGUGAGGCGACGAACAAAGAAGCCUUUUUCUCAAGAGUGGAAACCUAUUCAUGUUUGAAAUGGGCCGGCAAACCCCGCACACUGUCCCCACUAAUGUGCGCCCGAUACGGCUGGAUCAACGUCGGCUGCGAUAUGCUCAAGUGCUCCAGCUGCCACGUGUUCCUCUGUGCAACACUACAACCAACUCUAGACUUUGCAAAAUAUGGAACCCGCAUUGCGGAGAUAUCGAGGCAGCUUCAGACACAGCACGAGAAGUUUUGCCCUUGGCCUGAUUUUCCAUGCCCAGAGCGGUUCUGGCUAGUUCCCGCCUGUGAACCAUCAGCGCUUCUCGCUGCCUUCUUAGAGCGCUUCCAGAGCACCUGUCUCCUUGAACAGCAGCUGCCCGCCAUGAAGCCGGAGCAGCUGAAGUCUAUGUCUUUGACUGAGGACGUUAUCAGUGUUGUACUACAGCUGAUCGAGGACGAACAAAAAAGAAAGGGAGGUUCUCCGUGUUCUGAGCCUUUGGCUGUCCAGGUGGCUGCGUGCGUUGUUUCUCUCUGUGGCUGGGCUGCAAGCCCAACUCUGCACGCCAUGAACCUGCCCAUCCUCACCUGCUCGUACUGCAUGCGCAAGGUGGGCUUGUGGAACUUCCACCAGAUGGAGGUAACGGGAGGCGACGGAGACGCCUCACCAAACACUGUAGGCCCCUCUCCUCAAGCAGCAGCUCCUGCCUCAGCGGCCACGCAGGAGGGCCCGGGGGACCAGCCUGCUUCUGCCUCAUCCACCCCUACAACUCCAUGUCGCAUGAAGCUGAGGAGCCAGGACUCCACUCGCUCUGAUCAGAGUGAGGGAACCUCCUCCCCCGUGUCUUUGCGUGCCCGAAGCCGAGACUCCCCAAGCCCUAGUGAAGAGCUGCAGAAUCCUUUACCACGGGGUAAAAGGGCUGCAACUCGUGGUAAAGGACAGGGGGACAACUCUGGAGCUGACGGCACUGCCAGCCUGUAUCAAUCUCCUAAACGCCUGUGCCUCUCAACAGUCGGUGGUCCUGAUGGACUCCUGCACAGGAACGCAUUCGACCCCCUCGCUCAGCACAGAGAUUGGUGUCCCUGGAUCUCUGUGGGAAAGGAGAAUGUGGAUCCAGGGGCGAUCCCCCGUUUGGACGGAGGAUCGGCGCUUCAUCAGCAGGGCUGGAAGGCUGCUCUCGACCUCCUCAUGCCCAUGAAGAAGAACUCCAGCACAGCAGGAGGCAGUCCAGGACAGGGCCCUCGUGACAAGUCUAAAAGGGUGUUUGCUAUAUUUCGUCAGUGGCAGGUAUCCUCUCCGUCUCAGUAGACUGUUUCCAUCCAAAACAGCAUCGCAACACUGAAUUGAUGAACUGACCUGCCCUCUUUUUUUGUGGUACAGAGUCCAUAGUACCGAUGACAGGAGUGUCAUAUCAUAUCGAUGUAUGCCAUCCCUUAAAGUCGUGUUUACAGUCAAAGUGUUUCAGGAGGGGGAAAGGGAGUUGAUUGUGUCUUUUAGGCAAAGGAAUGAGUGUCUUCUCUGUGAACAGUGAAAUAUGUGAAGGAUGCCUGUGUGGUUUUAAAACCUUUGAAUUCUGAUAAACUGGGAUGUGCAGACAUUGGAGCCUCUAUAGGCCUUGUAUCAUGUGUAUACAUAAGUAAUAGAACACAUCUCAGCAUAUAAAUUGGCCACAAACAAGGCAUUUUUACGAUUAACCUCACAUGAAGUCUGCUUCGGUAGUCCUUCGUGACAUCAUGACGGUCUGGAUUUCUGCAGAACACAAGAGACAGGAAAUCCCUUAUCGUGAGAAAGGGCCAAAUGGCUCUUGACACUGGAAAGGCAAUGUUUACCUUCAAUGUAUGUUGAGUCAUUUGAGGGAGCGGUCAGUUUUUAAACCUCAGAUAAAGUAAAAACAAAACUGUGAGGAAGUCAUUUUUGUGUACCAUUGUGCUUGAAAAGUAACAUGGAUAUGAGUUCUCUUUUGAAAAGAACAAUCCUUUUUUCGAGUAGUGAAAUGUUUUUGUCAAUCCUGAGUACUGCGGGGCAGGUAGCAACCAUGUGCCAUGAUGAAUUUUCAAACCUGCUUUGAAUUAGAUUCAGGAUUCCUGUGCAUCCUAUUGCUAAAUGCAGUCCUCUCUUAUCUUGCAUGUGCUUUUUUUUUCUUCGUAGUUUCCUAAAAAGCGUUUAAUAAAAUGCUCUUCUGAAA